UGAAGUGACGUCACAAGCCCUGGGUGACAGCCUCUUGCUAGGGUUCUUUUCCGGAUCGGAGCGGGGGGUCAGUGUAAUCCGCCGUAAUCCACCGGCACCGAGCGGAGGGGGAGGACGUGAGUGACCGGGACACUCGCCUCACCCCCUGCCCUGUCACCACAUCUCGGUUUUGGUCGCCUCCGUAGCCGAUGGCCCCCGUGAGCUGAUGGUGAAAAGUGCUCCAGAGGUCAGAGGCUGAUUGCGGGUCGGAGCGCUGUCAUGGAGCUGAGAGUCGGGAACCGGUACCGGCUGGGCCGGAAGAUCGGCAGCGGGUCUUUUGGAGACAUUUAUUUAGGCACUGACAUUGCAGCGGCCGAGGAAGUCGCCAUCAAAUUGGAAUGUGUGAAAACAAAACACCCUCAGCUCCAUAUCGAGAGCAAGAUCUACAAGAUGAUGCAAGGAGGAGUGGGAAUCCCAACUAUAAAGUGGUGCGGUGCAGAAGGCGAUUACAACGUGAUGGUCAUGGAGUUGUUGGGACCAAGCCUUGAAGAUCUCUUUAACUUUUGCUCCAGGAAAUUUAGCCUGAAAACGGUGCUGCUACUCGCUGACCAGAUGAUUAGUCGCAUUGAAUACAUUCAUUCCAAAAACUUCAUCCAUCGUGACGUUAAGCCUGAUAAUUUCCUCAUGGGCCUUGGGAAGAAAGGAAACCUGGUCUACAUCAUUGAUUUUGGACUUGCAAAGAAGUAUCGAGAUGCCAGAACACACCAGCAUAUCCCUUACCGUGAAAACAAGAACCUGACUGGCACCGCCCGAUACGCCUCCAUAAACACUCACCUGGGAAUAGAACAAUCUCGCCGGGAUGAUCUGGAGUCGUUGGGUUAUGUGCUGAUGUAUUUCAACCUUGGUUCACUACCAUGGCAAGGACUAAAAGCAGCCACCAAACGACAAAAAUACGAGCGCAUCAGUGAGAAAAAGAUGUCUACGCCCAUAGAGGUUCUGUGUAAAAGCUAUCCGUCGGAGUUUGCCACGUACCUGAACUUCUGUCGGUCCCUACGUUUUGAUGACAAGCCAGACUAUUCUUACUUAAGGCAGCUCUUCAGGAAUCUCUUCCACCGUCAGGGAUUCUCCUACGAUUAUGUGUUUGAUUGGAACAUGCUGAAGUUUGGUGCUAGUCGUGCUGCUGAAGACGCAGAACGUGAGAGAAGAGAGCGAGAAGAGCGCCUGAGACACACAAGGAAUCCUGCAGUCCGGGGCUUGCCCUCUACUGCAUCAGGGAGACUAAGAGGGACGCAGGAAGUCACGCCACCCACUCCACUCACACCAACCUCCCACACAGCCAACACCUCCCCCAGACCCGUGUCCGGUAUGGAACGUGAACGGAAAGUGAGUAUGAGGCUGCAUCGUGGUGCUCCUGUUAAUGUCUCUUCAUCUGACCUAACUGGUCGACAAGAUACCUCUCGCAUGUCAACUUCACAGAAUAGCAUUCCAUUCGAACAUCAUGGCAAGUAGCUGCUCGCCCCAGUCUCGGUUGAAGGCAGCACUGGAUUCCCAGCCGGGUGGCAUCCAGUGGUUUCCCUUCAACUGUACACCGAUGAACAAAUUCCCCUGUGGAAGGGUGGUUAAGUGCAUGGCUAAUCUGUCAAUGGUUUCACUAGCAAAAAAAAAUAAUAAAAAUGAAAAAAAUAAAAAAAGAAAUAUGAUAAAAAGGCACAACCACAGCAACAAAACCCAGAAUUAAAAGCAACCAAAUCCAAAUGGAGCUUUACAUGCUUUUUACAAAGAUGGCGAUGUGAACAAAAAAACAGCUAGCGGAACUUUGGAAAAAACGAUGUGAUGCCCUUUGGGACGUCUGAGCACCGGUGCAGAUGUAGACUUUUAAGCGCCAAAUACAGAAAUGCCAUUUUAUUUUAGGUUUGUUCUUUUUUCAGGGGCCCUUUUUAUUCUUCUCUACAUGGUUUUUGUACCUGUUUUUGUUAACACCUGCUCUCCAUGAAUAAAUGUGCCAGAUUUGUCUGUCUGUCUUGCUUCUACAAAUGACAGGGAUGUGUAGCCUGAGCAAGAGUGGAAGUUCGCUGGCCAUGAUUUUACCGGUAAGAAGACAUACUAGUAACCUAGGGGGCUUCGUGUACAAUUUUAUUUUAUUUUUUUUCUUCUUUUAAAUAAACUUUAUUUAAUGCUUUUUGUUUGAUUUUAGUUUUGUGCAUUUUGUUCAGUUUUUAUUGUGGGGGGUUUCAAUAAAGCAUUCCUAUGCAUACCUAGAUAAAAGGGGAUUUUGUAGACAUACAGUUCUCUAAGCAUUGGCGAUCACUUGUAUUUUGGAAACCUUUUUUCUGUGAAGUCCCUUCCAGUUCUCUGUGAGGGUUCGUUUUUUCUUUGGGGUUUUCUCCCCCUUUUUCCUCUACCCCCUUUCCCCUUCCCCUGUUAAUUUUAGGACAUAUCACUCUGAUGCCUUUGACUUCAUACAAAAAAAAUGGAGAAAAAGAAGAAAAAUAAAAACACUGCACACACACAUGUUCCAUUUCCUAGCAUCGCUGUACGGGGGUGCGGCACUAGAGAGUUUAGAUCUUACGGUUUUCAGCCUCCAGUUGUCAUUGUAGCAAGUCAAAGGUGAAAGCCAGUAAGUGUACGUAGAGGUGACUUUUUGAUAUUUUUGAUCUUUGUCCUUCAUUUAGUAGGCAGCACAGGCCCUUGUUAGAGGGGGCAAUUUCGUAGGACUGACCACCCAUCCUUGGGCUGUGCAAUAUUGACAAAUGUCUAAAUUUUGUGAGGGGUUGGGAGGGGGGCUAUAUGGGGGGAGGGGGAGUAGGGUGGGGGUUUCCAAUGUUUGAUGUGGUCUUCAGCUGUUUUUUUAAAAGGUUAAAUUUCCUCUUCAUUCAGUAGGCUUCACGUUACUUUUUAUGGUACAGGAUGCAGUCUUUUAGGUGGCUAUUUACCAUAGGUAAGGCUUUUGUGUUCUUGUCGUGAGGAUGUUCAUUACCGAGUAUUUCUAAAGCGUGAAGAGUCGUCCUGGAAGGAGUCGUCUGUGUAAGCUAGUUUUAACAUGUACUAUUUCCGCAUGUCCCAUGUGCUCUGUACAAUUCUUCACCACGUGCUUUUUUUUUUUUCUUUCCUCUGUAAAUAUCUGUGAAUGUCCCGUCGACUAACCGACUUUUCUAACCACUGUACACAAGGUCUUUACAUACUGUUUGGGAGCGUAGUAUAUUCCAACCGAGGGGAGCGCUCAUUCCCUCACUUGCCAUAAUGACCGAAUGUUUUCCUGGGAUCGUAAGAAAUCCUGUACAUUGAUACUUAUUGCAGAGCAAACAAUUUGUAUCACUACUGUAUUUGUGUACUUUACAAAGUGUGUAAAUAAUAAAUUCAUAACUUCUA